CAUGUCGGGAGAGGUCCGUUUGAAGAAACUGGAAAAGCUGAUCCUGGACGGCCCAGCUCAGUCAAAUGGCCAAUGCCUUAGUGUGGAAACGCUAUUGGAUAUCCUUAUCUGCCUUUAUGAUGAGUGCAACAACUCACCCCUCAGAAGAGAGAAAAACAUAUUGGAGUUUCUAGAUUGGGCCAAACCCUUCACUUCCCAGGUGAAACAGAUGCGCCUGCACAAAGAGGACUUUGAGAUCCUCAAGGUGAUUGGACGAGGAGCCUUUGGAGAGGUUGCUGUGGUCAAAGUGAAGAAUGCAGACAAGGUGUUUGCCAUGAAGAUCCUCAACAAGUGGGAGAUGCUGAAGAGAGCAGAGACGGCGUGUUUCCGGGAGGAGCGGGACGUGCUGGUGAACGGGGACAGCCAGUGGAUCACCACCCUGCACUAUGCCUUCCAGGAUGACAACAACCUUUAUCUGGUGAUGGAUUAUUAUGUGGGUGGGGACCUGCUCACCCUGCUUAGUAAGUUUGAAGACCGGUUGCCGGAGGACAUGGCUAGAUUCUACCUGGCUGAGAUGGUGUUGGCUAUUGACUCAGUGCACCAACUGCACUAUGUCCACAGGGACAUCAAGCCAGACAACAUCCUGAUGGACAUGAACGGCCACAUCCGCUUGGCGGACUUCGGCUCCUGCCUGAAACUCAUGGAGGACGGCACGGUCCAGUCGUCGGUUGCCGUGGGGACCCCGGACUACAUCUCUCCGGAGAUCCUGCAGGCGAUGGAGGAUGGGAAGGGGAAGUAUGGUCCUGAGUGUGACUGGUGGUCUCUGGGCGUGUGCAUGUACGAGAUGCUGUAUGGGGAGACCCCCUUCUACGCAGAGUCAUUGGUGGAGACCUACGGCAAGAUCAUGAACCACAAGGAGCGUUUCCAGUUCCCCUUGCAGAUGACGGACGUGUCCGAAGAGGCCAAGGACCUUAUCCGGCGCCUCAUCUGCAGCCGUGAGCACCGCCUGGGCCAGAACGGCAUUGAGGACUUCAAAUCUCACCCCUUCUUCUCUGGCAUCGACUGGGACAACAUCCGUACGUGCGAGGCCCCUUACAUACCAGAAGUCAGCAGCCCCACAGACACGUCCAACUUUGACGUGGACGAUGACUGUCUCAAGAACUCGGAGACGAUGCCCCCUCCCUCUCACACGGCCUUCUCUGGACACCACCUGCCCUUCGUAGGCUUCACCUACACCAGUAAAUGUACCCUAUCUGACCGGGGCUGUUUGAGGGAGUCGGGUGGUUCGGGUCCGGCACAGAUGGAUGUGUGUGUCCAGCGCAGUCUGGAGGAGAGUCUAGCUACCGAGGCCUACGAGAGGAGGAUACGACGCCUGGAGCAGGAGAAGACUGAGCUCAGCCGCAAGCUGCUAGAGUCGACCCAGACAGUCCAGGCCCUGCAGCACGCGCCAGGAGAAGGACCAGCAUCCGUCCCCUCUAACAAGGAGGUGGAGAUCAGGAGUCUGAAGACUGAGAUUGACAUCCUCAAGAAACAGAUCGCAGACUCGGGUCAACUGGAGCAGAAGUUGGAGGAAGCUACAUCAGCCCGUCGAGAAAUGGAGGGAACAUCCAAACACAUCAGGAGCCUGGAGAAACAGAUGAAGAGCCUCAACCUGGAGAGGGACGACCUGCACAAGGACUUAAUGGAGGCCAGUGAGAAGAUGAAGAGUCAGUCUAAGGAGUUGAAAGAAGCCCACAGCCAGAGGAAGCUGGCCAUGCAGGAGUUCUCCGAGCUCAACGAGCGUUUGACUGACCUCCGAUCAGCCAAGCAGCGCCUGGGCCGUCAGCUCCGGGACAAGGAGGAGGAGAUGGAGAGUUUGUCCCAGAAGGUGGAGGCUCUACGGCUGGAGGUGCGCAAGGCCGAGAGGUCCAAGAAGGAGAUGGAGGCCCAGUCUGAGGAGCAGACAGCAGACGCUCAGAAGGAGAGGAAGCUGAGAGAACGAUCAGAGCAGCACUGCAGACAGCUAGAGGAGGAGCUGGACGGACUCAAGAAGCAGGUGGGGCCGUCCGCUUCGGUGGUGGGCUCGGACCAGAGCCAGGAAGUGGGGAAGCUGCGUGCCGACCUGGAGAAGAAGACCUUGUUCUACGAGGAGGAGCUGAGCAGGAGGGAGGCGCAGCACGCCAACGAACUCAAGGGCCUCCGCAAGGAGCUCCGCGACGCUGAGGGACAGCAGCUCACCCUGCAGAAGGAGAUCCUGGUGCUCAAGGACAAACUGGAGAAGACGCGCAGGGAGAGCCAAAGCGAGCGUGAGGAGUUUGAGACGGAGUACAAGCAGAAGUACGAGAGGGAGAGGGUCAUUUUGACCGAGGAGAACAAGAAGCUCUCCAGUGAACUGGACAAGCUGACGUCCAUGUUUGAGAAGCUGAGCAGCAGCAACAGACAGCUGGAGGAGGAGAUGAGGGAGCUGGCUGACAAGAAGGAGAGCGUUGCUCACUGGGAGGCCCAGAUCACUGAGAUCAUACAGUGGGUGAGCGAUGAGAAGGAUGCACGAGGUUACCUCCAGGCUCUGGCCACUAAGAUGACUGAGGAGCUGGAGGGACUGAGAAACACCAGCCUAGGUGCCAGGGCCCCGCAGGACAUGCCGUGGAAGGUGCGGAGGUUCGCUAAGCUGGACAUGUCAGCCCGUCUGGAGCUGCAGUCUGCACUGGACGCUGAGAUCAGAGCCAAGCAGACCAUCCAGGACGAACUGAACAAAGUCAAGGCCUCCAACAUCUCCACUGAGUGUAAGCUGCAGGAGUCGGACACUAAGAACCAGGACCUGCUAGCUGAGAUUGAGAGGCUGAAGAAGGAGACGGAGGAGCUCCGCCUGCGCAGGGGUGUGAAGCACCAGGACUCCCAGAACUCUUUUCUGGCCUUCCUCAACGCCCCCACCACAGCCUUGGACCAGUUCGAUCGCUCUCCAUCCGUUGGGCCAACUAGCAAAGGCAGACGUGUGGACUCGGUGGACAACUUCACUCCCUCCAACACUCCAUCCAGAGGCGAGGACUCCAAGUCCCAGCUCAAGUCACGCUCACGGUCGCCCUCCAUGGCCAGCGACGUGGAGCCUAUAGAGUUGAUAGACCACCCCCCACGGCCAGUCCAGACCGCCACCAUGCGGUCAGGAGGGUACGGUAGUAUUGGCCGCUCAUCACCCAAGCCCAAAGCCCACCAGUUUGUGGUGAAGUCCUUCAGUGCUCCAACCAAGUGUAACCAGUGCACCUCUCUCAUGGUGGGACUCAUCCGCCAGGGCUGCACCUGCGAAGUUUGUAACUUCUCGUGCCACGUGACAUGUGCUGACAAGGCUCCAGCAGUGUGCCCCGUGCCACACGACCAGACCAAGGGGCCAUUGGGCAUUGACCCUCAGAGGGGCAUCGGCACUGCCUACGAGGGACACGUCAGAGUGCCCAAGCCAACGGGGGUGAAGAAGGGUUGGCAGCGGGCGGUUGCCGUAGUGUGUGACUUCAAGCUCUUCCUGUAUGAGCUUGGAGAGGGCAAGGCCACGACGCCCAGUGUGGUGGUCAGUCAGGUCAUAGACAUGAGGGAUGAGGAGUUUUCAGUCAGCUCUGUUCUGGCGUCUGACGUCAUUCACGCCAGCCGCAAGGACAUCCCAUGUAUAUUCAGGGUGACUGCUGCCCAGCUGUCCGCCUCCUCCAGUCACAAGCCUUCCAUCCUGAUCCUGGCCGACACCGACCACGAGAGGAACAAGUGGGUGGGGCUUCUCAACGAGCUGCAGCGCAUCCUCAAGAAGAACAAGCUGAAGGAGCGCUUCGUCUACGUGCCCAAAGAGGCCUACGACAGCACGCUGCCGCUCAUCAAGACCACGCAGUCCGCCGCUAUUAUAGACCAUGAGCGUGUUGCCCUGGGCAACGAGGAAGGCCUUUAUGUUAUCCAUGUCACCAAAGAUGAGAUCAUCCGCGUGGGAGACAAUAAGAAGGUCUACCACAUCGACCUGGUCCCCCAGGAGCAGCUCCUAGCAGUCAUCUCCGGUCGUAACCGCCACGUCCGCCUCUUCCCCAUGGCCGCGCUGGACGGACGGGAGAUGGACUCCUACAAGCUGGCCGAGACCAAGGGCUGCACAGCGCUGGUGUCCGGGCCCGUCCGAAACAACUCCCUCAUCUGUCUGUGUGUGGCCAUGAAGAGACAGGUCAUCUGUUACGAGGUGAACAAGAGCAAGGCGCGCCACCGCCGGCUGCGGGAGCUCCAAACCCCAGGUCCUGUCCAGUGGAUGGGUCUCCUGAGCGAGCGGCUGUGUGUGGGCUACCAGGCUGGCUUCACGCGCUACAGCGUGCACGGGGACUGUGCCCCGGUCAGCCUGCUGCACCCCGAGGACCACACCCUGGCCUUCAUAUCCCAGCAGGGCCUGGAUGCGUUGUGUGCCGUGGAGAUCUCCUCCAAGGAGCUGCUGCUAUGCUUCUCAGCCAUAGGGGUCUAUGUGGACUCGCAGGGCCGCCGCUCGCGCCAGCAGGAGCUGAUGUGGCCGGCCGUGCCCAACUCCGCCUGUUAUAACGCCCCCUACCUGUCAGUGUACAGUGAGAAUGCUGUAGAUGUGUUUGAUGUCAACACAAUGGAGUGGAUUCAGACCGUCCCACUAAAGAAGGUGCGACCUCUGAACCCUGACGGAUCCCUGAACCUCCUGGGUCUGGAGACCGUGAGGCUCAUCUACUUCCGAAACAAGACGGCAGAGGGUGAUGAGCUGGUGGUCCCCGAGACUUCUGACAACAGCAGGAAGCAGAUGGUUCGCAGCUUGAACAACAAGAGACGCUUCUAUUUCAGAGUCCCCGAAGAGGAGAGGCUACAGCAGAGGAGAGAGAUGCUGAGAGACCCAGAGAUGAGGAACAAGCUGAUCUCCAACCCCACCAACUUCAACCACGUGGCCCACAUGGGACCUGGGGAUGGCAUCCAGAUCCUCAAAGACCUGCCCAUGAACGUGCGUGUUCAGGAGAGUCGUGCUGCAGGCUUCAGUGGCUCCGUGUCCAUCCCCUCCAUCACCAAGAACAGAGCCGAGCCGGGACGGUCCAUGAGCGCCAGCAGUGGACUGGGCAUCCGUUCGUCAUCUCAGAACGGCAAUGCGUUGAGGAGAGAGCUGUCCGGGGGUAGCUACAGCUCUAAGCGCCAGACCAUGACCUCACCCUCCGAGAGCUCCUUGUCCUCCGGAGGGGGUAUGGAUGGCUGCAGCGACGCACCCCUCUCCCAGUUCGACAGAGAGUGGCAGGCGGUCUCACCAUCGGAGAAGACCCCCGAUCUGAAAAGGGCUUUAAGGACCCUGCUUAGUAAGAUGAAGGACUCUGACUCACCCCGUCACUCAACAGCGUCCAACAGUUCUACGUUCAGCAGUCCCCCCAGCCCGGCCUCACCCCACAAGACCAAGUCCCUCUCACUGGAGAGCACAGACCGCAUGAGUGGCUGGGACACAUGAGUGACAGACCGCACACAGCUCCAUUCCCUGACCCUCACCAAGCUCCCGGGCCCGCCCCCCUUCCCGGGCCCUGCCCACGGAACUGCACCCGCUGCCACAGGGAAAGGAAGUGUUUGACCAAGAGGGAAAUACUGGGAAAGGGUGUGUGUGUGUGUGUGUGUGUGUGUGUGUGUGUGUGUGUGUGUGUGUUCAUGUUUGUGUGUGUGUGUGUUUUUGAGGGAGGGCAUACAAUAUAGGAAUUAAAAUGUACACCCCCUUUCAUCUGCUUUGUAGCUGAUAACCAGAAUAAGCGAAGCGCUGAGUUUUAUUGAGAGUACUUUUGAUUGCAGCACUACUAGCCCCGUAUAGAUUAUUAUGUCAUUGGCAACUCCUGUAAAGAGACACACAAACCUCAAGACGCGACAAAGAGAAGAGGAUCAAUAUGAAACAACAGAUCAUUUGAUACGUGUACAUAGCACCCUUUGGGCUUGGGGGGUGGCCACCUUUUAUUUAUUCAUCUAUCUAUCGAAGACAUGGAGAGCAAGGUGCUUUGCAGCUAGAGGAGAAAGAGAGGAUGUUUUCACUCUCUCUUUUUCCUUCUGUUGCUUUCUUCCAAAAUGGUAGUUGGCAGCAGAAGAAGAGGGGGAAUUCCAUUUACAAUACAAGGCUCACAAAAUAACAUUUUUUUUUAAUUAAGAAAAAAAGAAAGCAAUGAUGUAUUUUUUGGGGUUUUUUUUGCUCAUGAAGUGAAAUAUGUGCUGUGACUUAAUUUCUUCGUACCAUCAGCGAAAAGCUACAGUAAAGCAGUACAAAAAUACAAGUAUGGUUAGGGGUAUUUUAACUCUAGGUGACACCUCGCUGGCUUCAUGUUCUCGAAUUCUUAGGGACAGCGGUGUUUUAGAAGCAGACUGAACAUUCUAUGAUGACAUCACAGCUCCUUAUGCGACUUCCUCAUGACAUGGGCCAGUGACCUCAUCCAGUGAUCUGGGACCAUUUUCCAUGUAGUGUCGACCUAGUACCGUAAGUGCAGUAAUAGACCAACCACCGAUCAAUUCCAAAAAGCCGAUUCCCAUCACAACCAUGUACAUAGGUUCAAAUCAGAGAAUAAUAUAUGAUAAGGGAAAUACUAUAGAGAAAUAGAUGAUGGGGAGAAGAUCCUCGAUUCCUGUUUAUCUUUCGAGUAUGAUUUGGGGUGAUAUCCGCACAAAAGCCAUUUUAAACCACUUCAAGUUCCUCUGAUUUGCUUUUAGAUUUAGUUUUUUUCUUUCGAUUUCAUAUAUGAGACACAAACUGUCAAGUGUCAUUUUGAUUUGCGUUUGAGGAAACUAAUAUUAUGGGUCGCAUGGACCCCGUGCUGUUAAGUGAAUAUGUGCAUUUAUUUGAAGCGAUCGUCUUGUCACAGAUGCAUGCGUUCACACUCACAUGCACACACACACACACACACACGCGAACACACACACACACGGGCGUUUCCCCCGCCACUCUUUCCACUAUGGUCCACAGUUGGAUCAGUUUGAGGUGGGAUUGCAUCUUUCCUAACUGACUCAUUCUGAAACACUAAGUGUGUAUUUCCAUACUUUUCUCUGUGGUACCAACGUGUGAACCUCAAAUAUGUUGUAUCCUUUGACUUCCGAGACAGAUUUUGGAAAGCUUGUUAUAACCAAAAAUAGAAUGACUUGGAAUCUUGAGUCUUUGUUAUUUUUCAGACAGCCUUGCUUAUUUUGAAGAAUGUUUUGAUAGGUUAUGGGAGGGGCUAGACAGACAGACAGCGCUAGGCUGAAAUGGGGGGUCAAAAAAGAGUGAAAUAAUGGAAAAGAAAUGCUAAGAGGACAAGUUCAAUGUUUAAUUUCUGUUCCAAUCCUCCCUGCUGUCAUUGAUAUGUUCUUACUAUUGUCUGGUAAUGCAAUAACCUUGAUACAAGCCACAAAUUGGGGUCAAUUCCAUUUUUUUUUCAGUCAAUUCAAGUUCCAUUCCAAUUUUCCUCAAUGCUUCUUUGUGACAAAUUUGGAAUUAGAAUUUCUGUUUACUUUCUGAAUUGCCUACAUUGAAAUGGACCCCAACCCUAAUGCAAAUCACAGCAUGGUGGGUGUUGUUGAUGUGUAUUUAUAUGUGGAAAUGAAACAAGCUUUGGGUCGAGUGCCUAGAUCAGCUGACUCUUCUCUCUCAAGCGGAAGGGAGGGGACCCUUAUUCUGGAAAGGGGACUUUUUUCAUUUCUAAUGAGGAAUUAUUUUUAUGUUACAGACCGUUUAAUGAAUGACCGUUGUUACUUACUGUUCAAAGGGACCUUCUGUCUUAAGGUUUAGGAGUGUUGAAGUGUACCAAGUAGUCAAACAUGGCAGUUUAUUGAUCCUAGUCAGAAGUGUAUAAAAAUAUAAGAUUUCAGAUUUCUGCUUUCAUUCGUGCCAUUGGGGGCCUAAACCUUAACCCUAAACCACAAUUCUAUUAUAUUCCCUUGAAAAUACAGUAAUUUAUCUCUAGCCUACUCAUUCCACGUGUUUUUAGAAUUCCAUUUUAUAUUGAGCUUUUGCAAAAUAAGAAUUUGCUUUAGACGUCAGUCUCGCUAAGUUGGUUUUACUCAACCGUCUCAACUUAACCACCUCUCUUAAGAUUUCCUUUUAAAGCUACCAAGAGUCUCUAUUCAUAUCUGCUGGGCCUUGUCUGUAGAAUGUAUUAGCUGAGAGCGAAGAGGAAAUAUCUUAGUCUGAGAGUAUGAUAGACCAGGCUUUAUACUGUACAGUUAAAGGCCCGAAAUCCCACUUUAAAAAAUAAAAAAUAAAAAAACUCAGGAAUGUCAGAACCAAUGAUUAUUUUCACCCUAACAAUGGAAGUGAGUGUGACAGAACAGACUACACUUGGGAAAGAAGAGCUACAUUUAGCCGUAGUGUAGCCAGCUGUGACUAGGCGUAAGGGUCUAAAGAUUCAGGUGGAAGAAAAGACGGAUACACGGAGGAAGAACUCAGACAAGUGUUUUGAAUUAAGGAUGAAAAGAGGUGAAGGAGCAGAUGGAGGGGUAGUAGUUUGAGGCUGAGGUGUUACCAUGAUAACCAUUCAAAAAUAUACAAAAAAAAACGCCUUUGCAUUUCAGUGAGGUCUUAUCUUCAGUUCCUUCUAUAUUAUUUUGUUCUUUCAUAUCAUAUUAUACACCUUGUUUUUCUAGGAUUGCUUUGUAAUAAUUUGUACAGUUUUGCAUGUUAUAGAUGUAAUCAUUUUAUUUGUUUUUGGAUUUGUUUUUAAUUUUGACUUGCUCAUUUUAUUUGAACAGUUUUGGGGAGUUUUAUUGAGGAUACCCACUACAGGUGAUGUAGAUUCUUUUUGCACAGAAAUAUUUAAGGUGUAAGGUCAAACAAAUAAUGUAUGGAACUGGCCACCACACUUGUGGAGAACUCAUUAUAUUAACCUGACUCCAAUGUAUUUCAAUAAAGCGGAGGGCUGUUACAAAUACGGCUUCACUGAG